UCGAGAACAGGAGAAGAAGAAAGCAUCCGCAGCUGCUCGACCAGUGGAGGCAAAUACAGCGUUAACCAUGCCGAUGUUCGUGGUGAACACCAACGUGGCUAAAAGCGACGUCCCCGCGGCUCUGCUGUCCGAGGCCACAGAGGAGCUGGCCAAAGCCAUGGGCAAACCCGCGCAGUACAUUGCUGUGCACAUCAACCCAGACCAAAUGAUGAUGUUUGGAGGAAAGGGAGACCCCUGCGCACUCUGCUCCCUCCACAGCAUCGGCAAGAUCAGCGGCGCUCACAACAAGCACUAUUCGAAACUCCUGUGUGGACUGCUCAACAAACACUUGGGCGUCUCUCCUGACAGGAUUUACAUUAACUUUGUGGACAUGGAUGCAGCCAAUGUGGCCUGGAACAACAGUACGUUUGGCUGAGAUGGAGGUCAAAACUGACACAGAAGACCAUUCCAGCAUUUUCCUACUUUACAGACAUAAUAAAAAGUAAUGAAAUUAACAAAGACAUUCAGAAAUUAACAUUAGAACGGUCAGAAUACUGUAGCGCUUGUGUAAGAAGCACUUAAAUGGACCCUUUUGCUUUGCACUGAAUCCCUUCCCAUUCAAAUAAAGCAACCUCUGUAGAUCAUGAA